CGUCUCUCUCUCUCUCUCUCUCUUUCUCAUUUCUUUCUUCUGAAAACCCUAAUUUUCUCAAAUCUGAAUUAUCCAUAAAGCUUCGACCUUUCUUGCUCACCGAUCAAUGGGUCGCGGCUCAGCAACGUCGCUAGCUCCUGGGUUCCGUUUCCACCCAACAGACGAAGAACUCGUCCGCUACUACCUCAAACGCAAGGUCUGCAACAAGCCCUUCAACUUCGACGCCAUCUCCGUCGCCGAUGUCUACAAAUCCGAGCCUUGGGACCUACCAGAUAAGUCGAAGCUUAAAGGCAGAGACUUGGAGUGGUACUUCUUCAGCAUGCUCGAUAAGAAGUACAGCAACGGCUCCAAGACGAAUCGCGCCACUGAGAGAGGCUAUUGGAAGACUACAGGGAAGGAUAGGGAGAUUCGUAACGGGACGAGAGCUGUAGGGAUGAAGAAGACUCUUGUUUAUCAUAAAGGUCGAGCUCCACGUGGCGAGAGGAGUAAUUGGGUUAUGCAUGAGUAUAGGCUUACUGAUGAUGAGUUGAAGAUUGCUGGUGCCCCACAAGAUGCGUUUGUGCUGUGUAGGGUGUUCCAGAAGUGUGGUACAGGGGAUAAGUACGGUGCUCCUUGUCUUGAAGAGGAGUGGGAAGAGGAUACAAUGACGUUUGUACCAGAACAAGAGGCUCUUUGUGAAGGGUUUGGUGUUGAUGGUGAUGAUGUUUAUCUCGACAUUGACGAGAAGCCUGAAGAUCUGGUGGUCUGUGAUGCCAUUCCUGUUCAGACUAAUUAUUGUCAUGGAGAAUCAAGCAAUAACGUUGAAUCAGGAAACUAUGAAGACUGUGGAAACUAUGUUGUGGACUCUGAACAACCAAUUGAGGAGGAGGAGCUGAAGCCUAUUAUCCGGGACGGUGGCAUUCAGCCUUGUUCUCUGUUUCCCGGUGAACAAAUUGGUUGUGGUGUGGAAGAUGAGAAGGCAGUGAAUCUGGAAACUUCCAAUGAUAAUGUGUUUGUGGCUGCUGAUACUUGCUACAGCGGCAUUCCUGUUGAUGAUGCUAACUAUAUGCCUGAGGAGCCGUUCAUCAAUCAUAGCAACAAUCUUUCACUCAGUGAUGGUCUCAGCGGUGCUCCUCUACAAGAUGAUUUUAACUUUGAAGAUUAUCUUAACUUCUUUGACGAUGAGGAUGCUCAGAAUUUGUCUCUUGAUGUUUCUCAAUUGUUGGGAUCUGGAGAAGGACUCGACCAGAAACAGCCUUCCCCUGAAGAACUGGAGAAGGAGAAGAAAAGUGGGGAAGGAUCUUCUUCAAAACAAGAUGCAGAUGUCAUUGACUUGGAUUCAGCUUCAAAGCACCCUUUCCUCAAAAAGGGCAGCCACAUGUUUGCUCCACCCUCAUUUGCUUCUUCUCAGUUCCAAACAAAGGACGCUGCAAUCAGGCUACACGCAGCGCAAUCUUCAGGUUCGGUUCACGUUACUGCAGGUAUGAUGAGAAUAUCAAACAUGACAACUCUAGCGGCGGAGAGCAGUAUGGGCUGGUCAUAUGACAAGAACGGUAACCUCAACGUAGUCCUGUCUCUCGGCUUGGUCCAAAGCAAGACCGGACGAAUUACAGCAACAAGAGCUAUGUUGAUCUUCAUGUGUUUUUGGAUUCUCUUACUUUAUGUUAGCUUCAAAAUAGGAACCAUAGUCUCUGCUCGGUAAUAGCAUCAAAAGUUGAAUCGUAUGGGGAAUAACUUUUGUAAGUGUUUGUACCUCUCUAAUUAUGUAGACUUCAACUCUGGCAGUGCUUUGCUGCCCAAUAGUUUGAACUCUCUUUACAGUUU